AUCAAGCGUCUCAAAUGGAGACAGAAGCCAUGGAUGUCCAACAGCAGGACGGAGGGCAGGACAGGAUCGUGACCCUGGAGAAUCCCGUCCACACAACACAACCGCAGGCCACCAGCAAACCUGAAGUCACAGGUCCUGUCUCAGCUGAGACUGUUCACAACGGAAGCAACGAGUCCCUGACAGACGGUGGCAUAACCAGUGAUGAUGCUUUACUGCUUCCAAACCAUGUACCUACAAUUUCACGCAAAAUAGACAAAGUCAACGCGAAGCCCAGUCUUCCCAAUGGCUCCUCUCCUCCAGUCAUCAACGGGUCUACCAUCAUCCGCACACCGCCUGCUUCUUCAUCAGGAGGAUCGACGCCUCACGCUGCAGCACAACAGAAAUGCAACCGACAUGCAAAGAGCAAUGGACACAAACACCCUCACAGAAAACACACGCCCUCCACUUCCACGAGCCAGCAGAGCUUUAAAGGCGAUGCCUCGCAGAUACAGAGAGUAGCUGGAGACGACUGCUGUGCACACUGCAUACUAGCCUGUCUGUUCUGCGAGAUGCUGUCGUGUUGUUCGGCCGUGGCUCAGUGUUUGGCCUGCGGUCUGGAGUGUGACGCUCUCUGUUGUUGUGGGGAAGCAGCCACCGGAGGUCUGGCGUGCUGUGCUGAGGACACCUGCUCUGCCCUGCUGGAUUGUGGGAUACUGGAGGACUGUUGCCAGUCUUCAGACUGUCUGGAGAUCUGUUUGGAAUGCUGCUCCAUCUGUUUCCCUGCCUGAUGGGAUUCUCAACAGAAUGAUAUCAAGUGCUCAAAGGACUGUAAGUGUGGAGUAUAUAUACAGUCCUGUGAAAAAGAAAGGACAUCGUAUUGAAUUCUAUGGAUGUAUGUAUCAGGACUUAAUAAAAAUCAUCUGGCCAUUAGCAGGUCUUAAAAUGAGGUAAAUACAACCUCAGAUGAACAACAACAUGUGAUAUAUUAUACUGUCAUUAUUUAUAAAAAAAAAAAAAACUAGGUCAAAAUGGUAAAGCCAUGGGUGAUAAACUAAAUACACAGGAAAGGAAAGACAUCAGCAAUGAUCUUAGAGAAGCAAUUGUUGUUCCCUAUCAAUCUGGGAAGAGUUAUACAACCAUUCCCAAACAAUCUGAAGUCCAUCAUUCGACAGUGAGGAAGAUUAUUCACAAGUGGAAGACAUUCAAGACAGUUGCCAAUCUUCCCAGGAGUGGACGUCCCAGCAAAUUCACCCCAAGGUCAGACCGUGCACUGCUCAGAGAAACUGCAAAAAACCCAAGAGCUACAUCUCAGCCUCUACAGGCCUCAGUUAAUAUGUUAAAAGUUAAAGUUCAUGACUGUACAAUUAGAAAAAUACUGGACAAGUAUGGCAUGCUUGGAAGGGUUGCCAGGAGAAAGCUUCUUAUCUGAACAAACCAAAAGACUUCUGGAACAAUGUCCAUUCGACAGACCAGAUCAAACUGGAGAUGUUUGGCCAUAAUGCACAUCACCAAUUUAGGUGAAAACUAAACUCAACAUAUCAGCACAAACACCUCAUAUCAAGCUGGUGGAGGGGUGAUGAUUUGUGCUUGUUUUGCAGCAACAGGGCCUGGGCAUCUCACAGUCAUUGAGUCGACCAUGAACUCCUCUGUCCACCAAAGUGUUCAAAUGUGAGGCAAUCUGUCUGAAAAUUGGGUCAUGCAACAGGACAAUGAUCCCAAGCACACCAGCAAAUCUACAACAGAAUGGCUGAAAAAGAAAAGAAUGAAGGUGUUGCAAUGGCCCAGUCAAAGUCCAGACCUCAACCCGACUGAAAUGCUGUGGCUGGACCUUAAGAGAGCUGUGCAUAAACAAAUGCCCACAAACCUCAAAGAAAUGAAGCAACAUACAGUGAACUGAAUGUAAAGAAGAGUGAAUGUGAGUGAAUGUGAGAGACUGAUACUGUCAUACAGAAAAUGAUUCCUUCAGCUUAUUGCUGCUAAAGGUGGCUCUACAAACAACUGAAUCAUAGGGUGUACUUAGUUUGUCACACAUGGCGUUUCCAUUUUGGCUUUAUUAUUGUUAAAUAAAUAAUGACAGUGUAAUAUGUCAGUUGUUGUUCGUUUGAGGUUUUACCUAAUUUUAAGACCUGCUAAAGGCCAGAUGAUUUUUAUUAUGUCCUGAUAUGUAAAACCAUAAAAUCCUAAAGUGUGUUCUUUAUUUUUCACGAGACUGUAUGUUAUCGUUAUCCCGCAUUUUGUAUUUAUUUAGUAUGAAGGAUGAAUUUAUUGAAUUGAUCAAAGUUGGACUGUUCUGUACGAGCCUAUUUUCUGAUUCUGACAGGCCUUAAAUCUUUUUGUAUGUUAAAAUACACACAAAAUCCAUGUUUGAAUGUGAAA